UGCAGGACGGGUAGGAUCCGAGGUAAGUGGAAUCAGAAGUGCGCGACAGCAUUUAGAGGCAGUCGACUCUUGGUUUGUCGAACUUCUCCGCGCCGUCGCUCCCCCGCACGCAGUUGCUCUCCCAGGAUGUCGCUGCUCGUCUGCGUGAGCCCGCUGAUCCGCCACAUUCACGAGACGGUGGGCUCUCUGGAUUUCGCCCACCGGGCCAUCAGCAUCGAGGUCCGGGCCUUCGAGAACGUCGACGUGGUGGAGGCGGACGACGCGGAGCUGAUGUCGGACGUGCAGCACAUGCCCAGCGCGGGCAUGGGCGCGCUGCGGCACGAGCCCGAGGCCAUGAAGAAGGCCCUGCUCGCCGGCCCGGCCGAGGUCGGCCCUCGUUCGGACAAGGC